AUGCUAAUUUGUAUCUGCAGAUGGAAGGCAACUGUUUAUAAACAAUUCGCUGGCAUGGAUUGGUCGGAUGCUAAAAAGAUGCUUGGCAGUUAUGGUCCAUGGCCCAAAGAUUCUCCUCCUAAACUUGUUAAACAGGAUGUUGCUAAUGAAAUUCCCGACAGUUUUGAUGCUCGUACAAAGUGGCCUGGCUCCAUUCACGAGAUUAGAAAUCAGGUACAAAGUAGUAGAAGUAAUAACAGCAGUGUUUCUGGAAUGGCUCAAAAUUUCAGAAAAGUGUCAAGUAAUCAAAUUAUUCAUGAUGACAAUGACUUACUUUCAUGAUGACUUUAGUUUGAUUUUGUUGUUCUUCCAUACACAUUGAAAAAUUACUAAACCAACAUAAGAUUAACCGGAAACAUCAGGGAAGUAGCCCUUAGGUCAAACAUAAUAUAACUACCAUCAAUGCAAUGGCGCAGUACAAACCAUUUGGUUGUAGAUAAACAAACUUUUAAUACUCGAUUUUUUUUUCAUUCUUAGGGUGAUUGUGGAAGUUGUUGGGCCUUUGGAGCCUCAGGUGGGUUAAUGGUCAAUAUUAGUCAAGUUCUUUUACAUUGGUGAAAAAACUAUAGUUAAUUUAUGUCUAAUUUUGUUUCUAUGUUUUGUUUGUUUAAUGCAGAAGUACUUUCAGACAGGUUUGCUAUUGUGAGUAGCAAUCGAAUUAACGUGGUGCUGUCAGCUCAGCAGCUUGUUGACUGUAACACAGUGAAUCAUGGCUGUAACGGUGGCUGGCCCUUAAAGGCGUGGCAGUACAUGUCCGAAGUUGGGUGAGUGGAUUGGUUCCUGAAAUUUUAAUGUACAGAUUUAUAGAGCGGUUUUCACUUGACUGUCGUAAAACCAAAACCAAAGUAAAUACACUAGCCAACCAAAGGGCGUAGUAAAACCAAAACCAAAACCAAAACCAAUCCCUUUCGACAGUCAAGUGAAAACCGCUCUAUAUAUAUAUGCCCAAGGAUUGUCUAUAGUAUUUUGGAGGUUACCAUGACUGGAUCUCAGAGUAAAAGUUCAACGAUAAUUUUUUAAGCUCUAGUUAUCUAGACAAUAAAACUUAAAAAUUUAGCUUAAUCCUGGGCUAGAUCAAACCAUCUGUCAUGAAACCGAGAGGUACCCAUUGCGCCUCGUGUAACUCAGUUUGCUUUCCUCUUUUUAUUUGUCCAAAGCCUUCUGACUGUACAGUGCUAUGGUGAAUACACCGCAAAAACUGGAACCUGUAGGUUUAAUGGAUCAUCUAUCACGCAAUGCCCCAGUGGCUACGGAACACCCAGAUUCUACAAAGCAGAAAACGCAUAUACUGUCAAACAAUCCGUAUGUAAAGUCCUUCUUUGGUCACAUGUAUACUCAUUUUUUUAAACAAGAAGAUAAAAUAAUAUAUUAUAUUGUAAAAUAGGAGUCACAAAGGAACAGUUCUACAGGAUGUUUGUAAGUCUUGCUGUUCAAUUUUGUUCGUUUGCAACUACCCAAUUUUUUAUUUGUAAUACAAGUUCAUUCGACUGCAAAACGUUUAACUCGUUAAUUUGUGAAAUACAUUUAUGGGCGAUGUACUAAAAGGCUUUUAGUUGUAUUGAACAGAAAAAAAAACAGGAUCAAUGUUUUUCUUGUAACUUACAUUGCAGUACCUGCUACUAUUAUGUAGGUCUGCUUUUUUUUGUUUGUUUGUCUGCCUUGACUGCUGUCAUCAUCAAACAUUCUUUUGGUUCCGGUCUGUCUGGUUUUCCACAGUAAGUUUGCAAUGAAUCCAACCAGCUGCUCUCUUCAGCACAAAUCUCUUCUUUUACUUAGGUUGAAGCAAUUCAGACAGAAAUUAUGACCAACGGACCGGUUGAAGGUACUACACAUUAAUGCUAAUAAAUGCAGAGAAGGUUAUCUCAGUCAAAGAAAGCAUGAAAAGUUCAGGCUUGCCGGGAUUCGAACAUUAGGGACUUUAAGCAAAGAUUGCGGAAGGUUCUAGUACGGUGACCCGAAGUAAUUUUAUUUUUCGCCACCUGUCAAUGCCUCAAGUCAGGGAUUUUUAGAUACCUCGACGGCUAUAGCGGUGAAAAUGUCGCUUAAAAGUGUAUUCGCGUUGUUUUAUUCUCCGAUAUACCUUAUGAAAUCCUCUUUCCCGUCAACUGUAGUUUGCGUCUUUGACUGUAUUUUUCACUUGGGUGUCGUGCUUGACACCGAAAUUUGCGGCUCAUGAUCGAAAAAUGAACCUUCAGAAAUUUCCAAGGAUGACCAAAAAGGAUAAAAUGCGUAUAUCUUGCGAUUCUGUUUCAAAUAUACAGUGGCGUUCUAAGCACCUAAAAUGCAACUAAGUACUUAACGUACAAGACACUAUGGCCCGCCAUGAUCUUCUACGUAUUCGGGAAGCGUAGUACGGCCAGUCAAUAAGUUUAAUUAGCAAAUCAACAACUUGCACUUGCAUCUCAUUGUUUUAUCAACAUUUCUUUGCCAUCACUUCACGACCACGACGUGGAAAUGCCUAACUUCACGUUUUAUCGAGGACGUAAACAAACGAAGACGAACUUUUUUCCCCUAUGAGUUUGCCUUCAUUUGACAAAAUAAGCGACUUGUAAUAAUUGCGAAAAAGAAUGAAACAAUGCGAAUUUACUUUUUAUUGAAAAACGACGUUUUGACCACUAUGGCCGCCGUGGUACCUUGAAUUUGAGACAUUGACGCGUGGCGGGAAAAAUACUUCCGGUCAUCGUGCUAGACCCUUCCGUAGUCGUUGCUUAAAGUCCCUAUUAACCUCUGCACCGGAUACCGAUGCAGCGCUGCUCAUUUUUUGUUUCCUCGGUGUAGGGAUGAGGUGUACCUCGGUAGCUGCCCCCCAAAAAAGCUGAUAGCACCUAUCUCCUACCAGCCUCUUCCUUCGGAGUGGCUGUUGGGCCAUAUGCGGCCUCCGGUCACUGUGGCGUUAUCUUCCGGUAUGUAACCUGUUUCCUCGGCAAAUGAGAAAGGUACUUUCCCUUAAACGGAGUACCCUUGGGGGAUUCCAAAGUUCCUGUUAGACCGUCAGUACGAAAUGUUCUCUCCAUAGCAGAGAGGAGUUCUUUUUCAACUGAGCUGUCGAUGAUUUCUACUUCCGGUUACUUUGAGUAGUCCACGACGAUAAGCAAGUACUGUUCCGCCGUUGGGAAAUGGGCCGCUUAAAUCGGCUGAGCCUUAUUUACUCAAGAUCCUUUAGGUUUGGGAGACACUUUUAAAGGUUCGCGCUAAGUGUUAUUGACGAUACCUUGGCCGGGUAUACAGUCAGUGAUUCGCCUCUCAACACUUUUGUCGCUUCCUGGGAACCAUACCUUUGAGUGAAGCAGCUUUUUAGUUUAACAAUUCUCAAACCUUUCAAGUCUGAUUAUGGAACCCUAUCUUUUUCAGCUGCUUUCACGGUGUACCAGGACUUCUUUUCGUAUCGCAGCGGUGUCUAUAUUCAUACCAGUGGGCAGCAAGUUGGAGGACAUGCCAUCAAGAUGCUCGGGUUCGUCGGUUCACUUAUUGCUAGAUUAUUGAUAUGAUUGUUAUUCUCUAUCUUUAUGUUAAGAGGAUUCUACUUUUCUAUAUCACGGUUUAGCUACUAGAAUAAGAUGCGGGAUGCAGGCAAACUAUCAUUUCAAGAAGAAAUUAUAUUUGUGUGUGUGUGUGUGAAAUUCUACCCACGCUGACUGACUCAUCAGUCUCGGCAAAUUAAACAACUAGUCAACGGCUUAAAUAAUCAAAUGAUAAUUAUUAUUAGUCUUUAGACAGAUUUGAUAGUCAACUCGUAGCUGAGCCCUGGGAUCUGGCAUUGAGCUGUUUUCUUAGACGUGAAAGUUUGUAUUACCACCAAAGAGAGCACAAAUAACAGCCGUCUUCCAGAAAACGCGUCGCAAAUAAAACGCAAACGUCUUGACUAAAUGACACAAAAAAAUAUGUUUGCGUCCAAGAUAAGGCGCACAUUAUAAGCUCUUAUAACCUGAUGGUAAAGUUUUUGCCUUAUUUAAGACGCGUCUUUUGUUCUAUGUCUCCAGUAGAAAUGGCCCUAUUCAGUAACGCAGGUAGCAGUGCACAAGACUACAAUCCUAUCCAUUGGCGCUUCAUAUCGGUCAAACCGACUGGUUACUAAACGCUAAGCUUUAAAUUGACGAUUUGUUUUCGAUAGCCGGCUGUGGAUAUAACGGAACACAAGCAAGGAGACCCGAUCGUGACCUUCUCCGUCUCGUGAUUGUAACUAUUACUAAGCUAUCAGUAAUGCAAUGAAUUAACUUUUGAAAUCGUUUUAAUCUGUUUUUUAGAUGGGGUCGAUCCUCAGAAGGCGUUGAUUAUUGGGUAUGAUUUUUCGCUUUGUUUUGGUUUUUUGUCGUAGUGUUAAUAAUAUAUUAUAGAAGGUGUGUUGACUGAUAAGGUAGGCCGUAAGGUAGAGUAAGGGUUUAAGGGUUAGGAAGAAGGAAUUAAUACUUUGUGUGUGUUGUUGCACAUCUUCCAGCUGUGUUGUUUUUCAGACGAUGCAUAUUGCUUUCCACUUCACCAGUUACUUUGCCUUUGAACAACUUCGAUGAAGGCUAGGUGUCGUUUUGACGACCAAACAUGCGUAAAACUUGACAAUUUUUGAGAUUUGAUUCAUUAAAACGAAAAACAGAAGGGAACUCGUCAAGAAUAUAGUUGAUUCCUCUCUACAACGGCCACCUUGGGGACUGAAGAAAGUGGCGAUUGUAAAAGAGGUUGAAACAAGAGUGAAUAUAUGGACUGUCCGCCAAAAAAAUGGCGGUUGUAGAGAGGUGGCCGUUAGUGGAGGUUGGACUGCAUUUUGCCUAAUAGUAUAAUAAAAUAUGCCUUGUUUUUAGAUUUGUGCCAAUUCCUGGGGACCCAAGUGGGGAAUGGAUGGUGAGUGUUUAUUUUCUUUGCGUUGGUAGCGUAGCACUCAAAUAUUGAAAUACUACCCGUUUUGAUUGUAAGUUAAUUAUAUUUGCACUUAAACUAUGUAUUUAUUUUUAAUUACCAGGAUUUUUCUACAUUCGCCGAGGCACAAAUGAGUGCGGUAUCGAAAGUGGAGUAACAGCUGGAAUUCCUGCUCUGUGA